AUGGAGCCGAGAAACCGCACGGGGAGGCCCGACUUCCUGCUCCUGGGCUUGUCGGGGGUCCCUGAGCUGCAGCCCCUGAUCUUUGGGGUCUUCCUGUCCAUGUACCUGCUGACCGUGCUGGGGAACCUGCUCCUCGUGCUGGCCGUCAGCUCGGACCCCCACCUCCACACCCCCAUGUACUUCUUCCUCUCCAACCUGGCCUUGGUGGACAUCUGCUUCACCUCCACCACCGUCCCCAAGAUGCUGCGCGACAUCUGGACGCAGAGCAAGGCCAUCACCUACGGGGGCUGCGUGGCCCAGCUGUUCUUCUUCACCGUCUUCGGCCUGCUGGACAACUUCCUGCUGACCGUCAUGGCCUACGACCGCUACGUGGCCAUCUGCCACCCCCUGAGCUACACGGCCGUCAUGAGCCCGGGGCUCUGCGCCCGGCUGGUGGUCCUGGUCUGGCUGGCCGGGGCGCUGGGCGCCCUCCCCGAGACCCUGGCCACCUUGCAGCUGUCCUUCUGCGCCUCCCCGGAAGAGGUCCCCCACUAUUUCUGCGAGCUCCCCGAGCUGCUGCGGCUGGCCUGCUCGGAUCGCCGGGCCGGGGAGGUGGUGAUGGACGGGGUGACCGCGGCGCUGGGCUUCUUGCCGCUGGCCGGCAUCGUGGUGUCCUACGCCCGCAUCUGCCGGGCCGUGCUGGGCAUGUCCACGCCGGGCGGCAGGGCCCGGGCCUUUUCCACCUGUGGGUCCCACCUGGGGGUGGUGUCACUGUUCUACGGCACGUGCCUGGUGGUCUACCUAGGCUCCUCCUCGGGGGACCCCCGGCCCGGGGACGCUCGGACGGGACCCCCGGCCUCCGUGCUGUACACGGCCGUCACCCCCAUGCUGAACCCUUUCAUCUACAGCCUCCGGAACCGGGACAUCCGGGGGGCCCUGAGGAGACUUCUGUGCUGUGGGGACACCUCCCGGUGA